UCCGUGCGGAUCCGGGAUCUGGGCCGAGAGAAAAAGUUGGAGGCUGAAAAAAACACACGUCGCCACCCCGGUGUGUUUUCACAAAUGGAGAGAAAGUGAGUGUGUGGUCGCCGUGAAACGAAUCUGGAGCUGAUCCGAGGACGACGAGGUCUGAUCUGCGGUAGAUUGCUCAACUUUGGAUGGAGUUUGUUUCGUUCUCCAGCAGACAGACGCAGCGAGGGGGGGUCGGAAUUUACCGGUGACAAAUCUGGGAGUGAGAGAAAAAAGGAGAAGAGGAUCCGCUCUCUACGACAACAUUUGAAAACAACAACUCAAAGGAAAAACAAGUGGAGAUUUAAAAGCAGCCUGAGAGGAUCUUUUAACAAACUGAGUCAUGGCGAAAAAGUAUGAUUUCCUCUACAAAUUGUUGCUCAUCGGGGACAGCGGGGUGGGGAAAACAUGUCUGAUCAUCCGCUUUGCUGAGGACAACUUCAACUCCACGUACAUCUCCACCAUCGGCAUUGACUUCAAAGUGAAAACCAUCGAGGUGGACGGGAAGAAAGUGAAACUACAAGUCUGGGACACAGCAGGGCAGGAGAGGUUCAAGACCAUUACGACGGCCUACUACAGAGGAGCCAUGGGCAUCAUCCUGGUGUACGACAUCACGGACGAGAAGUCCUACGAAAACAUUCAGAACUGGAUGAAGAGCAUCACGCAGAACGCAUCAGCCGGGGUCAGUCGGAUGUUGCUAGGCAAUAAGUGUGACAUUGAGGCAAAGCGGAAGGUUACCAGGGAGACGGGAGAGAAGCUGGCUAAAGAUCACGGCAUCAGGUUCUUUGAGACCAGUGCAAAGUCCAGUAUCAACGUCGAUGAGUCUUUCCUGGCUUUUGCAAGCGACAUACUACAGAAAUCCAGCAAGAAACCAGGCCCCACAGGUCGAGAGGUGAAAAUCACCAGCAGCGCAGGGAAGAAAUCCUCCAAUUGUGCUCUUCUCUAGACAUGACACUGGGGAGCUCACAGAAGAAACACCCAAUAUGAAUUUAAGAUUCAUGGGGAACAACAGUACAACAGGGUUUUUGUCUCCAUCUGGUGGGUUAAAUGUCAAAAUACAGCCAGGUGAAUUUUACAGCAAAAAUUAUUUAUGGAUAUCUCUUCUGAGAAAGUGCCUGUGUUUUAUAUUGGACAUAUUCUCUGCUGGUACAUCUACUGUGAUAGCCUUAAUGUCAUGAAGAGUUGGUGGAGUCUUGGAUGACCCUGAUAGAAACUCAAAAACCACCUUUAAUACCGCUCUACAUUUUCAUUUCCACUUUUGUAUUACUCUGGCUUAUCAGCAGCACCGUCUUAUGUCUUGAAUGAACUUCAGCUCUGUUUUAAAAAUAUAUAUUUUCUGGACUUGGUAGCUCUGUAGAAAACAUCACACCUCGGCUUGUUGAACCAUUUCAGUCAUUUCUUUUGAGUGAACUUAUACAGUAGUAGUUUGUGGCACAGGAAGAGUUUUUUUUAUAUAUAUACAUAAAGCUCACACAAAAGGCCCCUGGUUGAAAACCUUUUACCCGAAACAUAAUUUCUGUUAACCUUUUGAAAUGCAGAUUUCAAGAGGUGAUGGGCAUUUCAGUGAUUCUGUUGGAUGGAAGUCAGAUAGAUAAUAGGAUUGAACAAUAAGUUAUAAAAGGCCUUUGGUUAGCAAUGCACUUUCAUGUUUGUCUGUUCACUUCUUCCAAUUCAUUGAUUUUUUCAAUAUUACAACAGCAGAGACACGUAGACUUCCCUUUCAUGCAGUGCCACAUGAGAGACAGACAUUCGGUUUCUCUGGAUUUUUAGUGGCACAGAAACAUACUCCAGAGGCGUCCUUAACCAAAUAUGAUUUAUAUUUACAUUUACUUUUUCUAUGUGUAUUUCUAUGUGAACUGUUGAUGGGGUUCAAUAGUGCACAGCAGUAUAAUGAAUUCCACAGAAUCUACAGCACAAGAAGAACAAUAUGACUCCAUAACGUGGAAAUCUUAUUGUUAUAUCCUUUAUGACGAAUUGAGAAGAUGUUCUUUGUAUUAAUUAAAUGAGCAAGUUGAUGUUGGUUGUUCAUGGAAACUGAAACAAACACUGCUGGUAAACUGGCUUAAUUUUUAACGGAUGCAUGGAUCGAGUAUGUGGUAGAUGGGAGCAGUGAUAAGUGCAAUAUGAGAGGAUGCGUGAGAUAAAAGAAUGAUGGAUAAAGCAAGUGGAUGGACAGGAUGUAAGAGCCUGGGAAGCAGCAGCGCUCCCGUGUCCCUCAUUUUCAAUUGAUUUAGUGGAUCUUGCCUUUUAUUUGAAGUGCCUGGUAAAUUUCUGACCAAACGCAACCACACAUUAGCUACAUCUGACACGAUAUGUCUCUCUGCUCAGGCAGUUUUCAGAGCAGCAAUUGAGAUGGCUGCAGCUCAUCUGAUCCUGACAAUCUCUUUUUAUCCUGCACAGACACACUGAGUUUCCUGUAACAAGUUUCUGUCACUUUUGUUUCUUUUUCGUUCCGCCACAAAACUCUGUACGAGGUUUACAGAUGUUUCACUUGCUGAAUAAAAAUUUGAAACUGUAAA